AAAUAUUCCUGUACUAGUUGACAUCAGCAACCUUAGUUGAAUGUUCUCAAAAUUGUUGCAGAAUAAAACUUCGAGAAUACUUCAAACAUAAGAGAAGCAACAUUCAGGGGAAGUCGUAGGUCCAAUCCGAACCGACUAACAUCUUCAAGAGAAGCAAGAUGGGUGGCUCUGCAAGCAAAAAGGAGGAGGAGGAGCCGAUACCACCAAGGACGCCUGCUACUCCUGGUCCUGUCGAACCGAGUAAGACAGCGCACAGUGCAUGGCCAUCCCCUUAGAGCGUGAUUCUACUUGGAUUCUCGUAUUCCAGUAGAAAAAGAACUGCGCGUUUGAAAAUAACUGCCUGUUUGUACGCGCCUAGAUGACACUACUUCUCGGAGAAAAAAAUAUAGGCGGAUGAAUAAAGACGUAAGGACUGUCCGAAUGCGAUUGAUUGAGGACAAGGAUUCGCCAGUAGAACCAAAGCGAAAUAAACCCAACACACAACGGACUAACUCUAAAUAUAUCUCGAAUGAUAAAUAAGAGGCCAACAAGUACAAGGAUCAUGCUUCCUGGGGAUGUAAAUACGUGGUAUACGACCACAUCUCUCGUAGUCGUAUUCUCUAAUGCUAAGCCUAAGCCUAAGGCUGCACCCGUCGCACCUCAGGUUCCUGAAGCAGAAUUACGUGAAAAAGAACGUCAAAAAACAAGGAAAAGGAUGCAAGUAGUCAAACACAAAAUUCAGUUUCUGCAGCUAGCGGGAGCCGAAGCAAGACUUCAACACGCACAGUUAUGCUUUGAUGUCUAGGUCUUCCCUGUCAGCUGUUCUGGACAAGUCCUCACAUUCGUAUUUCUAACAAGGCAAGCAACGGCAAGCGCGCGCUCGCAACUACAACAGGCACAAAGCCCUAGAGGACCGCCGAGUCCUCGGGGAGUUGGAGCAAGUCAAAGUCCGCAUAGUACUGUGCCGCAACAAGGUGGUCCACAGCAAAGACAGAGGCCGUUUGGUGCUGCAGCUGCACCGCAGCAGGGUCUACCAGGUCAGAGGCCGCUUGGUGCUGCAGGUGCCCCAUAACAAGGUGGUCUACAUCUACAAAGUCAAACGGGUUAACCAAGUGACUUCAGUCAUCAAAGGCCGCUUGGUGCUGCAGCAAACUAAUUUCAGAGGCCGGCAUGAGACAAUGGAAGCACGAGGAGUCUCCUUGACGCUAGAACAAAAAGAAUCUCUAUGAAGAAUAGUAAAAAGGUAGAAUCGAACCGCUACUUACCAAGAAGAUUCUCUUUUCAUCUCAGACUUUUCGAGUGUACAUGUGUCUCAAGAACGUCGACGAUGCAAGAAACACUUUGCACAGUGCGAAGGCCUACAACGAAUAGCGAGAUGAAACUCGCCUACUGCACAGCUGUGGAAAGAAGAUGAACAGUCGAUGGAGAAGAUAGGUUACAAAAAUAAUGGGACACGACGACCGAUUCAACAACUUUUGCUUUUAGAGUAUAAGUGCGAGUAGUAGCUAGUAGUAGAAGAACAGGAAGUAAAUGUAAAAAUAAUGGAGAUGCCAGGAUUUUAAAGCGGACAUGUUUUUAUUCGGUGAACAAUGAUUUACAUCUUUUACAUUACAUCUUCAUAUAUAUAAUUACGGCAUUGCUUUACAACUUAUUGUUAUUGUACAUCAUACAAUUACAACCUGCGCGUGGUGCAGUUAACCGAAAUUGAAGUCACUCGUGAGGGCUAUCGCUAUCCCCUUUUUGCCGAUUCCCACCAGUAAUUGUUGGAGCAAUGUUCGCAUGAGCCACCUUAAGAUUCCAAGAAUCAAUAUUACAAUCAAAUCACGACAUUUUUGAAAAAUCUGG